AUGCACGUCCUCAGCAUCAUCCUGCCUCUAUACCUAACCACCCCCACCACAGCAGGGCUCCUCAAACCCCGCGCAACGUACACAGACUGCACAGACUCGCAACAGCAACUCGUCUCCGCGGCAGUGACCAGCGCCGGCCAAAUGGCGGCAGCAGGGGCAAGCAGCCUGCGCUCCAACAACGGCACCUCGCUCUUCCAAACCUUCUUCAAGACCGCCGACGCCAGCUCCAUGGACCAGGUCGCCAGCGCGCUGGAGAAGAUCGCCGAGGAAGCAUCGCAGCCCGGCGGCGGCGUCGUCACCUACUCCUGCCAGCCCGGCAACAUCAACUGCCAGUCGGGCUCGUUCACCACGACCGCGUAUGCGAGCACGGAUGGGACGCGCGGCCAGGUGAAUACCUGUCCUGCGUACUUUGAUUUGCCGGCGUCGUCGGAUGAUUGCACGGUCCUGGACCAGAGGACGUCUACGUUGCAUGAGCUGGGUCAUACCAAGGGCGUGCUGGGCAAUGAGGUGUAUGGGUAUCGGGAGAUUAUGAAUAUUGAUACCCAGACGGCGUUGAGUAAUGCGGAGAGCUAUGCUUUUUUUGCGAAGUCUGUGUAUCUUGGCUGUGACGGCCAAUCUGGUCAAUCUGGUCAAUCUGGUCAAUCUGGUCAAUCCGCAUCUCAAUCAGGUGGCUCAAGUAGCGGACCUAAUACAAGUGGCACACCAAGCUCGAGUAACUCGGGCGGCUCAAGCCCAAUGGGAGGCUCAAGUAACUUGGGAAGCUCAAGUAACAUGGGAAGCUUAUUCGGAAACUCCGACAGUCUGACCGGCUCUAACAGUCCUAUGGGUAGCUCAGAAACCAUGGGGAACACGAUGGGAAGCUCAAGUAACAUGGGAAGUUGGGGCAACAUGGGAAGCCCGUUUGGAAACACAGGUAGUCUGACUGGCCCUGGCAGUUCCAUGGGAAGUUCCAUGGGGAGUCCAUACGGCAGCUCAGGAAGCCCGUAUGGAAGCCCGGGCAGUUUGACUAGCUCGACUAGCCCCGUGGGAAGCUCUUAUGGGAGUCCAUAUGGAAGCUCCGGUAGUUUUACUGGGUCUGAUAGUCCUAUGGGGGGCUCGAUGGGAAGUCCGUACGGGAGCGCAAGUGACAUGGAGAGCUCAUAUGGAAGCUCGGACAUGGGCGACCUGGGAAGCUCAAUGGAAAGCCCACCGACUGUGAUUGAUACGUGGGCUCAGAUACUAUGA